GGGAGGGCACUCUGCCUCGAAAGAGGGAAGGAGCAGUCUCACAAGGACGUGCAGCUGGGGUGCUUGUUGCUGUUUUGUUCCCAGAGAACGAGAACUGCCAGCGAUCCUCUGGCAUCUGAAUAGACCCGUGUCAGACAAACUGUAUCUGGACUUGAUGGGGAACCAAGCUGGAAUACCAAGCAGCCCUUCGAUCUGCUCGCAGAGAGGGGGACUGGCUCCGUAAGUGAUCUUUGCAGUUCCGAAGGUACUCAUAAAGGAGCGAGCUCUCUCGCUGCACAGCCCUGCAAGACACGCCUGCCUGGGCUGUCUCUGUCCUCAUUCCUCCAAACCAGUUCCAACAAUAACAGCAACUCCUGCCUGCAGCUGCCUCGUUAGGGGGAAGAUGUAUUUUUCCUUUCUCUACUGAGCGAUGAAGCUUCCAAAUCUGUGUGAUGUGAGCAGGUGAGGAUGUCUGCUGACAAGUCCAAAUGAUAUUUUCAGGUGUUCUACUGAUCUUGGCACUGACGGAAGAGCUGGUGUUUUCUGUUCAGGUACUGUCUCCUGCUGUAUCCUCCUCUCAGGGCCUCCUGAUGGACACUACCACUGUCACAGCCAUGGGAACGACGCCUCGCCACAAGGACCGCCACAUGGCAGAGCCCGUCCCCACCUCCGCUGGCGCCGUCCCCCAUCCUGUCAGCCUGGCGGGGAGCAAUGCUUCCACUGCUCAAACGCAGGCGAGCAGCCCUCGCGUUGGCAAAAAGGAAACGUAUCAUUUGUACAACCAGAGUGCUUUGUACUCAGAACAGACUCGCCCCAAAGGGAAAAUAUUCCAGAUUUUCAAAGGCAACUUCACAGAGUCUUCAGAGCCUUACCUAAAGACAACCCUGCACUCUCCCUUCCCUACCCUGAGGAGCCCUUUCACAGACCAUCCCUUUCAGUCCCAGACUGCAACCUCCAGUGACCCCAAUGGCACGGGGUUGGCCAGAACUACACCCUCAGACCCUUCUCCCCACCCCGACACCUUGGGAAGCCUUAGGGAAGCAGAGCAAGGGAACGGGGCCGAGCAAGUUGUGCAGAAAGCAGAUUUUGCCACCACAACUGCUGGACCGUCAACUGAUCCCGAAGCAGUGUCGGUGCCUUUUAAACCCACCCACUACGGUGUAUGGGAUAUGCUGAGCAAAAACAACUCUUGGGUAACCUUGAAUCUCAGUACAAAUGUCCCCUUGUUUGCUGGCCCUGGAACUGCACCAGCAGCAGCCAGUCACUCAGUCCAGCCCAGCUUUGAUGUCAACAUCUCCUCCCCAGCAGUAGGGGACCUUGAGGGCACUGCUCCAACACAGCAGGGCCUGGUGACGAACACGACAUCACUGGGCAGCGCUGUCUCCACCAUGCCUGCCACGGGGUUGUCCAGCUCCAUGUCCACUGCUGGUUCCACGGCUACUGGAAACUUCCUCAACAGGCUGGUUCCUGCCGGGACCUGGAAACCUGGGGUGCAAGGAAAUAUUUCCCAUGUCACUGAGGGAGACAAGCCCCAGCACAGAGCUACCAUCUGUCUCAGCAAGAUGGACAUUGCCUGGAUCAUUCUGGCCAUCAGCGUACCAAUAUCCUCAUGUUCGGUUCUGCUGACAGUCUGCUGCAUGAGGAGGAAGAAAAAGACAUCCAACCCAGAAAACAAUCUGAGCUAUUGGAAUAAUGCUAUUACCAUGGACUACUUCAACAGGCAUGCUGUGGAGUUACCGAGAGAAAUCCAGUCCCUGGAAACAUCAGAGGACCACCUCUCCGAGCCACGCUCCCCUGCCAACGGCGACUACCGCGACAGUGGGAUGGUCCUCGUCAACCCCUUCUGUCAGGAAACGCUGUUUGUGGGCCACGAGCAAGUCUCUGAGAUAUGACCCCACGGCUGCCUUCCUCCUGCAGCUUCAUCUCUACUGUCUCCAAAUUAUAAAUAUAUAUAUAUAUAUAUUAUAAAUAUAACCUUUGUGUAACCCCGAAUUACAGGAAAUGUUUUCAGCUUUUCUUUUCUUUUUUUCCCUCAGAAUUGUCAGCCCCUUUUUUAUAAGUGUGGUAAACUUUACAGAACAGACUGUGGCUUUAUAAAAUAAAGGUAUUUCUAAGCAAAA